AUGGCAGCAGAGGGUGUCUCUGCGCCGUCUCCGGUGCCCAACGCGGACACUGCUCCUGGGCGGAAACAUUUCUCUGAGCUCGAGCUCUCCGAACCCACGAGCAAAGCUCUCGCUGAGAUGGGUUUUACCACGAUGACACCCGUACAAGAAAAGUCAAUACCGCCUCUACUCGCGGGAAAGGAUGUACUUGGUGCGGCACGGACAGGAUCGGGAAAGACGUUGGCGUUCUUAAUCCCGGCAGUCGAAUUGCUGCACAGAAUGAAGUUCAAGCCUCGGAAUGGCACCGGCAUUAUCAUUAUCUCACCAACGCGAGAGCUCGCACUUCAGAUCUUUGGUGUCGCGAAAGAGCUCAUGGCGCACCAUUCGCAAACUUUCGGAAUUGUUAUGGGAGGUGCUAACCGACGAGCAGAAGCAGACAAACUGCAGAAGGGCAAUACGAAAGGCUUCGUGUUCCGGAAUUUGAGGGGUCUGGUGAUCGACGAGGCGGACCGGAUAUUGGAGGUCGGAUUCGAGGAAGAAAUGAAGAAAAUCAUUGCUAUUCUGCCAAAUGAGAAUCGACAAUCUAUGCUAUUCUCUGCUACACAAACUACCAAGGUCACUGACCUUGCAAGAAUGUCGCUUCGCCCAGGACCUCUCUACAUUGAUGUAGACAAGACUGAGCGUACAAGCACUGUUUCAACUUUAUCACAAGGUUAUGUUGUGUGCCCAUCCGAUCGACGCUUCCUCCUGCUCUUCACCUUUCUAAAACGGAAUAUGAAGAAGAAAAUUGUCGUAUUCUUCUCAAGCUGCAACUCUGUCAAGUACCACGCGGAACUGCUGAACUACAUUGAUGUGCCGGUCCUUGAUCUUCACGGCAAGCAAAAACAGCAGAAACGUACGACCACGUUUUUCGAGUUCUGCAACGCCGAAGUUGGCACACUGCUAUGUACAGAUGUUGCCGCACGAGGAUUAGACAUUCCUCGUGUGGAUUGGAUCAUACAGUACGACCCGCCAGAUGACCCACGCGACUACAUUCAUCGUGUUGGCCGGACAGCCCGUGCAGGGAAGGUGGGAAAGAGUCUGAUGUUCCUCUUACCGAGCGAAUUGGGUUUCCUACGGUAUCUGAAGGAUGCAAAGGUGCCGCUGAAUGAAUUCAGUUUCCCGGCUGACCAAAUCGCAAAUGUGCAGUCUCAGCUGGAGAAGCUGCUACAGAAAAACUACUUCCUGCACCAAUCCGCGCGGGACGGCUAUCGAUCGUACUUACAAGCCUAUGCGUCAUAUUCACUCAAGAAGAUCUUUGAUGUGAACCAGCUUGAUCUCGCGAAGGUUGGCAAGUCAUUCGGAUUUUCCGUCCCACCGCGGGUGAAUGUGAACAUUGGCGGCGGACAAGGUGGAGCGGGACGCACAGGGACAAAGCGGAGACGAGAAGAAAACGACGAGGAGGACGAAGAGUGGGAGGAGAUUGAUGCUGUCGAUAAGGAUGCGAGCGAGAACGAGGCAAAUGCAGAGGGUGGUGAGGACGAGCAGCCUAGGUGGCAGAGGCGAAAUGGGAAGGAGAGGCGAAAAGAGACGCUCGGCCGGCGGAAAGUAGAGAAGGAGGUCUACAAGCAAGGCCUAGAGAGGAAGAAGCUCAAGGGGCCAGGGAACGCACAAUGGAGUCGGUAG